UUCCGCGCGAUGCCGUGCCCGUGCAAGCUGACGAUGGAGGGGUGGCCACGGCACGCCUCGCCUCACGCAGCAGGUCACGGUGGAGCCUCCUCUUGCUUGCUGCUGCCGUCGUCGGAUUCCGGCCGACUCGACUGGAGCAAAACGCGCUUCCGAAUUCGAUCGGGAGCGGCGCUCUGCUCGCGUCCGACUGGAGCACGGUCACCGCCUCGCCGGGAGAUAUAAGCUCCAUGGGGGGCGCUCGUGGUAGGCGAUCGCCUUCUUCCUUGCCCCCCAAUUUCUCCAUCCAAUCCUUCCUCCCCACUUCUCCAUCCACUCCAAAACCGAGCACAGGAGCUCGCGCCGCCACCCAUGGCCGCGCAGAUGCUCCGUCGGUGGAAGAGCUUCUACGGCGCCUUCGACCUCGUGGACGCCGCCAUCGAGGCCGCCGAUCCAGACCAAUUCUCACGCCACGUGUUCCGGCGCGCGAGGGGAGACCUGGUGGGACGGCUCUGCAGCGCCGCCGACGACGACCAGGCGGAGCGUAUCUGCGGGAUUCUCGACGACUUCAUGGGGGAGUCUCUCGAGACGCUGAGGCUGGUUCCAUCAACGCCAGGGGUGCCCAUCUCCACGGAACUCGCCGACUCUGUGUGCGCGCUGCGGGACGGGUGGGAGGCCUCCGUCCAGGUCACAGCAGCCAUGCCGAUGAAGAAGCUGCUGCAGCCCAAGGCGACCGUCGGCCAGCAGCAGCAGCAGCGUGUCUCCGCCGACCCUGACACGAAGACGAAGCGGCCUCCCAAGAUCGAGAAGAUGGAAGCCGCGAAGCGCAAGCUCCGCCAAGGUUACCAGGAAGCAGAGGAAGCCAAACGGCGGCGCAGGACGCAGUUGGUGCAGGCGACGCCCAAGACGAUGCAGCCAAUCAGGAGGUGUGGCAGCUCCAUGGUGAAGAAAACCUUGUCGAUCAGGACGCAGCUUCACAUGGCUUAAUUAGGUCUCUAGUCAAGAAAAUCCAUAGCUAGUGUCCUGGUCACAUACAACAUUAUAUGUAAUCCUUCUUCUCGAAUCUCGAACAUGCCAUACUACAGUUGUAACAGCUAACUAGAACUACUGCAAUGAAUGCAGUUGCUUGUACUAGCUCGUAUGCAUGUUAUGUAUGUGAUUGACAGAAGUUGAUGAAAUUAA